CUCGCAAACCUGGGCAUGCUCUCCUUUGGCUAAUCAUUUGUUGUUAAUCUUAAAGGCUUUGUGUGAAACAAGACAAGACUCGGACCGAGCCGUUGCCAUGGUGGAAGUUUUUAUUCUUGUUUUUCAGGUGAAGGCUUUUUGUUUUUUUGUCAUCGGUGCAACAAGAGGCCACGCAAGGAUUUACUCUCUCUAGAAAACCCUGUUUAAGUUUAAGUUGUAGCCCUUCUGUGAUAACUGUGGUAAAAAGCAAACAAGAUUCUCCAAUCAUACUGAGAGAAGAGCAGGAGGCAUGGGAGACAAUAUACCUGGAGGAAUAGUAGCUGCCGCAAAGAACCGUCUGCUGGUGGUGAAGGGCUUGGAGGAUGUGGAGGUGUCCGAGUGUGAGGUUUGCUCCUUUGACGUGACCCUCAACUUGGCCUAUAUCGAGGGUCUGUGGACCAGAGAUGGGAUGCCGCUUAAGUCCAAGCCCAACUGUCGCAUCAGCAGGCAUGGAAAGAAACACUCCCUCCUACUGAACAGGGUGGCUUUAGGAGACGCAGGCCUGUUCUCUUUUCAGGCCAACGGCAUUCAGACCUCAGGCAGACUCAGUGUCACAGCUAGGGACAUCCACAUAGUGAAGGAGCUGGAGGAUGUCGACACGAUGGAGCGUCAACCCGUGAACUUCCUGUGUGAGGUCAACCAGGUGGAUUUGGAUGGUCGGUGGUACAGAGAUGACAGCCGAAUUCGACCUGGAGACAAUAUCAAGAUCAGACAACAGGGUAAAACUCACACCCUGUUCUUCAAGUCAGUCAGGCCAGAGCAUGCUGGAGAGAUCAGAUUCACUGCAGAGCGUGUCUCAUCCUACGCAACUCUCACAGUGAAAGAGCUCCCAGUCCAAAUAGUGCGUCCUCUAAGGGUCAAGAUAGCUAUGUAUCGCCACCGGGGUCUGCUGGAGUGCCACGUGUCACGGCCUAAUGCUCAAGUCAGGUGGUACAAGAACAGGAAGGAGCUCCAGUCCAGUAAGAAGUACCAACUGAUCAGCCAAGAUGUCUACAGGCAGCUGACCAUCGAUGACAUCUGCUCUUCAGAUGAGGACACCUACACCUGUGAUGCAGGAGAUGACAACACCUCUUGUCAGCUUCUGGUGGAGGAGCAGGCUAUCAGAAUAGUGCGAGGGAUGAGCUCAGUGGAGGUGAUGGAGCCAGAGCCAGCCCUGUUCCAGGUGGAGACCAGCUUGAAAUCAGGGAGGCCUCCCCGGUGGACCCUGAACGGUGAGGUGCUGGAGCCUUGUGCAGCAGUGAACAUCAACAGGGAGGGCACCCUCCACAGCCUCUGUCUCACCUCCACAGAAAGCUCCAUGUCUGGGCCCAUGGUCUUUGCAGCUGGAAAGAGUCGUUCCACUGCUCAGCUUACUGUCAAAGAACGACCUCUUGAGGUUGCCCGCCACUUGGACGAUGUACAGGCGAAGGAGAACAGCUCUGUGACUCUGAGCUGUGCGUUUGCCCCCUCUCCCAGGGUGGUGCGGUGGUUUAAAGGCCGUACGUCUCUGAAGACCUCAAACAAGUACAACAUGAAAAGAGACGGGAAACGAGCACAGCUGACCAUUCAUGGCUUGACAGGGACGGAUGCAGGGCAGUACCGCUGCAUGGCUGGGGGUUCACAGAGCACAGCUCAUGUUAAGGUAGAAGUGCGAAUGCUGAAAUUGGUUAAACAUCUUGAGCCAAAGGAAGUUGAGGAAGAUGGCAUUGCCACUUUUUCAUGUGAGCUCAACUAUGUGGUCGCCAACGUGGAGUGGCUCCUCAACAAUGUUCGCCUCUAUUGCAAUGCCAUCUACAGGAUCCAGCACAUGGGCACGAUGCACAGUCUCACAUUCAAAAAGCUGCGGCCACAGCAGAGCAGGGUCACCUUCAAAACAGGACUUCUCUCUGAGACUACCACUUUAAAUGUCAAAGAGCGCCCGGUAGUGUUCCUGAGGUCUCUGGAGGAUGCAGUAGGAGAAGAGCAGGGGGACGUCUGCCUGCAGUGUGAAAUUUCCAAAGAGACGGUGACCCCUGUUUGGAGGAAGGAUGGUAUGGUCCUGACCGCUGAUGAUAAACACGAGUUACUCCAGUUUGGGAAGUCCAUGGUACUGAUCGUCCAUUCCCUGAGCAAGGAUGACGCUGGACAGUACACCUGUGACCUGGGCACCAGCCAAACAAAGGCCAAAGUUACUGUACAUGACUUACACAUCACUAUUGUGCAACGUAUGAAGACAACAUCUGUUCUGGAAGGCGAAAGCUGCACUUUUGAUUGUCACCUCUCUCAUGACGUUGAUGAUGAACCUUCCUGGAUCAUCAAUGGCCAGGUGGUGGUCACCAAUAGCCAUAUUCAGGUUAUCAACAAUGGCCGUAACUAUAAGAUGAACAUCAGAGAUGCUAUACUGACCGACGCUGGAGACGUGGUCUUCACAAUUAAAGACCUAAGCUGUAGGACCAUGCUCUUUGUUAAAGAGAAGCCAGUGCACAUCUUCAGGGAGCUAUUGAAUGUCAAGGCGGUCCCGGGCGAGGACGCAGAGCUGAGCUGUGAGAUCACCAAAACAAAAACCACCAUCCGUUGGCUGAAAAAUGGCCACUUAAUCAGACAGAGCUCCAAGUAUGAGAUGAGUGUGGAUAAGAACCUGGCGCGAUUGGUCAUCAAGAAUACCACCAUCAGAGACUCUGGAGAGUACUGCUGUGAGGCUGAUGGCAUUGCCUCACGUGCCAAGCUAGAUAUCAGAGAACUUCAGCACACAUUUGCAAUCGAGUUAAGGGACACGCGAGCAGAGGAAAAGGGUAAAGUUACCCUGGAGUGUGAGACCAGGCGGCCAGCCAAGCGGGUGACCUGGCUGAAGGGCAUGGUGGAGCUGAGGUCUGGUAGGAAGUAUGUCAUCAGGCAGAAGGGUGUGGUGCUGUCCCUGACCAUCACCUGUCUGGACAAAUCAGACACAGAUGUUUACACGUGUGAUGUCGGUACCAUGCGGAGCCGGGCCCAGCUGAAUGUGCACGGUGAGAAGGUGUUGAUCCUGGAUGAAUUAGAGGAUGUUGAGUGUCUAGAAAGCGACACGGUCACAUUCAGGUGUCGAAUUUGUCCCAAUGACUACAUCGGGGUCAAGUGGUAUCUAGACGAGACUCUGCUGUACACCAAUGAGCUCAAUGAGAUCCAGAUGGUGCCCGGAGGCUACCACACCCUCACAUUUAGACAGCUUGCUCGCAAAGACACCGGCACUAUCUCGUUUGCAGCAGGGGACAAAAGAUCCUAUGCAUCCCUGUUGGUUAGAGAGAGGCGUCCCACCAUCAUUAAAGCACUGGAGGACUGUGAGGCUUUUGAAGGAGGUGGUUUGGUUUUGUCUUGUUUGGCCUCCAAGCCAUGUCACAUCCUGUGGUACAAAGAUGGCUGCCUGAUGUGGAACUCCUCAAGGUAUUUUGCCAGUCGUUCCGGCUGUGAGGCCCGGCUGACAAUUCGGGAGGUCUGUAACAAUGAUGCCGGAGUGUACGAGUGCAGUGCUGGAUCUGUUACAACUCGGGCCGUUGUAACUGUCAAAGCCAUCCCAGCAGAGUUCACCCAGUUUUUAAAGUCUGUGGAGGCCAAAGAGGGGGAGAUCGUGACCCUGACCUGUGAAUACUCCCUGCCUGGGGUCCAGUUCCACUGGAGGAGAGGUUUUGAAAGUAUCAGGUCUGGAGACAAGUACCUGAUGAAACAGAGGAAGACAAUCAAUUCUCUGACCAUAAAAGCCCUGAAGCCUGACGACUCAGGAGAAUAUACAUGUCAGUGUAGAGAUCACCGCACUACAGCAAGCCUCAAAGUACAUGCUAUUCCCAUCACAUUCAUACAGCAGUUAAAGAACAUGCAAGCAGAGGAGGGAAGCAAUCUCCUACUGCGCUGUGAGCUGUCUAAACCUGGAAUUCCAGUGGAGUGGAGUAAGGGACAUGAGCUGUUGAAGAAUGGAGUUAAAUACCAGAUAAGGAAAAGGGAGACCACCCUGGAGCUCCUGAUCUGGAAGCCUGUUUCUGAAGACAGUGGGGUCUACAGCUGCCAGUGUGCUGAUCAAGUGACAUCCGCCACCGUCAAAAUCACUGCUCUCCCAGUAGCCUUCAAGCAGAAGCUGAGGAACGUGCUGAUUGAGGAGGGCAACACUGCGACUCUACGCUGUGAGCUGUCAAAGUCUGGUCACACCGUGGAGUGGAGGAAGAGCGGGAAUGAACUCAUCAAGAGUGGAGAGAAAUAUCACAUGAGGCAGAGAGAAGUGCUAAUUGAACUGAGGAUCUCUGAUGUUACACUUGAGGACAGUGACAUCUAUACAUGCAUCUGUGAAAGCAUAGAGACCACUGCGACGCUGACUGUUAAUGCUCUUCCCAUCACCUUCAAGCAAAAACUGAAGAACUUCCAAGUGGAGGAAGGACACAGCAUCACGCUGGAAUGUGAGAUCUCUAAAGCGGGUGUCCCAGUGGAGUGGAGGCUUGGGGGAGAUCUGCUGGAGAACGGAGAGAAGUACCACAUUAAGCAGAGGGGCUCGGCCCUCGAGUUGAUCAUCAGAGAUGCUGAACCAGAGGACAGCGGGGUUUACACCUGUGUGUGUAGAGAGCAGAGGACAAAGGCCACUGUUAAAGUCAUUGCUGUUCCCGCUACAUUUAAAGGAAGUCUGAAGAGCCAGGAGGCUGAAGAAGGGAACAGUGUGAAUUUACGCUGUGAGCUGUCAAAGAAGGGAGUCCCGGUGCAAUGGCAGAGAGACACUCAGGUCAUAUCUGAGCAGAUAUAUCGGGGGAAGUAUCAGAUGAAGUUUGAAGGAAAGACAGCUCAGAUGACAAUUCUCAAUGUCCAACCAGAAGAUGCAGGGAAAUACAGCUGCAUCACAGGAGAUCAGAAAACCACCGCUGAAGUCAAAGUGAAACCACUCCCUGUGACAUUCAAACGAGAGCUCCAGCGCCUGGUGGUGAAGGAAGGGGACAGUGGAGUUUUCUGCUGUGAGCUCUCUAAACCCGGAGCUCCAGUGGAGUGGAGGAAAGGCAGGGCGAUCCUAAAACCUGGAGACAAAUAUGAGAUGAAGCAGGAGGGACCUUUCACUAAACUGGUCAUCAACAACAUAGAGGAGAGCGAUGCUGGCAAAUAUAUCUGCAAGACUAAAGACAGCCAAUCGACUGCUGAGCUCACUGUCCAAGAUUUACCACCACGUUUUAAGAUGCCACUCGUCAACCAGGAGGAGACGGAGGGCAACAGUAUGUUUCUGCGCUGUGAGCUCAACAAACCUGCCCCUUCGGUGGAGUGGAGGAGAGGAGGAGAGCUGCUGAAAAAUGGAGACAAAUACCAGAUGAGGAAGAAGGAUCUGCAGGUGGAGAUGAAGAUUGCGGACCUUAGUCUGGAUGACACUGGAGAUUACACCUGUAUAUGUGGAGAAAAAAGUACAAAAGCUAGGAUCAUUGUGAACGAGCGGCCCAUCAAAUUCCUUCAAGAACUGAGGAAUAUUCAGGUGCAGGAAGGCAAUGGAGUGACACUGUGCUGUGAGCUCUCCAAACCUGGCAGUCCAGUUCAAUGGAAGAAGGGAAACAAUGCGUUGACCAACGGAGAGAAGUACCAGAUGAAGCAGAGUGGCUCCACCUUGGAGCUCAUCAUCAAAAAAAGCCAGCCUGAGGACAGUGGCACAUACAGCUGUGUUUGUGAUGACAUAAAAACUAUGGCCACCAUCAUCAUCACUGCGAUCCCGGUAACUUUCAAGCAAAAGUUGAAGAACCAGGAAGCCGUUGAGGAGGGCAGCGUGACACUACGCUGUGAGCUUUCUAAACCAGGAGUCCCAGUGGAGUGGAGGAAAGAUGCUCAGCUUCUGAAGGAGGGAGACAAAUAUCAGAUGAAACAGGAGGGCAGGAUGGCUGAGUUGCUGAUUAGAAAUUUGACUCUCACAGAUUUGGGGGAGUACAGCUGUUUUGUUGGCACUGUUGUGACUUCAGCCGACAUCAAAGUAAGAGCAAUUCCUGUAACAUUUAAACAAGAGGUGGAGAAUUUGGAGGUGAAGGAAGGGGACAGUGGAGUUUUCUGCUGUGAGCUCUCCAAACCUGGAGCUCCAGUGGACUGGAGGAAAGGCAGAGUCAUCCUCAAACCUGGAUACAAAUAUGAGAUGAAACAGGCGGGACGUCUCACUAAACUGAUCAUCAACAACAUGGAGGAGAGUGAUGCAGGGAAAUACACCUGCAAGACUAAAGACACACAAUCAACUGCUGAGCUCACCGUCAAAGCUCCUCCCAUCACAUUCAAGACAAAGUUAAGGAACCAGCAGGUGGAGGAGGAGAACAGCGUGACGUUGAACUGUGAGCUGUCGAAGCCCGGCCUCGCUGUGGAGUGGAGGAAAGGACAAGAGCUGCUGAAGAAUAAUUUUAAGUACCAGAUUAAAAAUCGAAACAGCAGCAUGGAGCUGACCAUCAAAAACGCACAGCUGGAAGACAGCGGCCUUUACAGCUGUGUCUGCGGUGACGUCAAGACCACAGCCAACAUCACCACUACACCUAUCCCGCUCACCUUUAAAAUGGGUCUGAAGAACCAGGAGGCCCCCGAAGGAGGCAACGUGUCCCUCCGCUGUGAGCUGUCCAGGGCCGGGGUGCCUGUGCAGUGGUGGAAGGCGGAGGACCAGCUCCAUCAUGGGGGAAGAUAUCAGAUGACACUGAAGGAUAAGACAGCUGAGAUGCACAUCAAAAACAUCCAGCCCGAGGAUGUCGGGGAGUACAGCUGUGUCUUGGGAGAGCAGAAGACUACGGCUGAAGUCAACGUGAGAGCGGCAGCAUCAGUGUUCUUUGAAAAGGAACUGGAGAGCCAAGCGGUGAUAGAGGGGAAAUCUGUGCUGUUGUCUUGUGAAGUUUCCAGUGCUACUGUCCCCGUCACUUGGAAGAAGGACAACACUGUGGUGGAAGAAGGGGGACAAUGCAUUUUAAAGAAGAAAGGCCCCACACACACACUAGAGAUCAAGAAACUUCACCUUGAGGAUGCUGGAGAGUACUGCUGUAUCACCAGAGGCAAGAGGAGCACUGCCAGGCUGAUUGUGAGGGAGCGCGUGCGGAUCGUCACAGAGCUGCAAGGUAUAACGGUGACCGCGGGUGAAGAUGCAGUGUUUGUGUGUGAGCUGAGCCAUGCAGACGUGAGUGAGGGUGUCUGGUGGCUCGGCUCCAGCCCUCUGCAGAAGAACGAGAUGAACCAGAUGACGUGGCAGGGGCGCCAGCACCGACUGGUCCUCACCAUGACAACACCUGAAGAGACGGGCAUUGUGGCAUUUGUGGUUGGGGAGGAGAGGACCUCCGCACGUCUGCUGGUUGUUCCUAAGGCCAAAGUUUCAUUUGAGGAGAAGCCUAAAGAUGUUGUGAUCAUGGAAGGAGAGACAGCCACUUUGUCCUGCACAACCUCGGAUUUUACCUCGCCGGUUACGUGGAGGCGCAACCACAUCCCCCUCCAAAACGGUGAUAAAUAUGAGAUACGCAAAGAGGGAAAAGUCAACAUAUUACUUAUCCGUGAUGUGGAUCCCCUGGAUACUGGCACAUACUCCUGUGAUACAGGAGAUGUGCAGAGUAGUGCCAAACUUACUGUCACAGAGCUCCCACCAUUCUUCCAAGAAGAACUGCAAAGUGUGGAAGUCGAGGAGGGAGGUUCAGCCUCUCUGUACUGUGAGCUGUCUAAACUUGGAGUGCCGAUUCAAUGGAUGAAGAACAGGCUGCCACUAAGAGCCAGCAGAAAGUACGAGAUCAGGCAGGACGGCUGCCUCCUCCAGCUAAACAUCAAGGAGCUCAAACUUGAGGAUAGCGGCAAUUACACCUGUCAAGCAGGAAGUGCAGAGACUACUGCUACUGUGUCAGUGAAAGAGCUCCCUCCAUUCUUCAAGAAAGAAUUAAGAAGUGUGGAGGCUGAAGAGGGAGGUACAGCCUGUCUGUGCUGCGAGCUGUCUAAAGCUGGAGUGUCAGUACAAUGGAAGAAGAACAGGCUGCCACUGAGAGCCAGGGGGAAGUACGAGAUGAAGCAGGAUGGCUGCCUCCUGCAGCUCCACAUCAAUGAUCUCAAACCUGAGGACAGAGGCAGCUACACAUGUCAAGCAGAAAGUGCUGAGACCAUUGCCACUGUGUCAGUAAAAGAGCUCCCAGCAUUUUUCAAAGAGGAAUUGCGGAACGUGAAUGCUAAAGAAGGAGUUACAGCCUCCCUGUGUUGUGAGCUGUCUAAGCCUGGCGUACCAGUACAAUGGAAGAAAAACAAGCUGCCACUGAGAGCCGACAGGAAGUAUGAGAUGAAGCAGGAUGGCUGCCUCCUUCAGCUCCACAUCAAAGAACUCAAACCUGAAGACAGUGGAAGCUACUCAUGUCAAGCACAAAGUGCAGAAACCACUGCUACUGUGUCUGUAAAAGAACUCCCGCCAUUUUUCAAAGAAGAAUUGCAGAACAUGAAGGUAGAGGAGGGAGGUACAGCCUCCCUGUGCUGUGAGCUGUCCAAACCUGGCGUAUCUGCACAAUGGAAGAAGAACAGGCUGCCAUUGAGACCCAGCAGGAAGUAUGAGAUGACGCAAGAUGGCUGCCUCCUUCAGUUCCACAUCAAGGAUCUCAAACCCGAGGACGGCGGCAGCUACACAUGUCAAGCAGGAAGUGCUGAGACCACUGCUACUGUGUCAGUAAAAGAGCUCCCACCAUUCUUCAAGGAAGACUUAGAAAGUGUGGAGGCUGAAGAGGGAGGUACAGCCUCUCUGUGCUGUGAGCUGUCCAAAGCUGGAGUGUCGGUACAAUGGAAGAAGAACAGGCUGCCACUGAGAGCAAACAGAAAGUAUGAGAUGAAACAAGAUGGCUGCCUCCUCCAGCUGCACAUCAAGGAUCUCAAACCUGAGGACAGCGGCAGCUACACAUGUCAAGCAGAAAGGACAGAGAGCACUGCUACCGUAUCAGUGAAAGAGCUCCCACCACUCUUCAAGAAAGACUUACUAAGUGUAAAGGCUGAGGAGGGAGGUACAGCCUGUCUGUGCUGUGAGCUGUCUAAAGCUGGAGUGUCAGUACAAUGGAAGAAGAACAAGCUGCCACUGAGAGCGAACAAGAAGUAUGAGAUGAAGCAAGAUGGCUGCCUCCUCCAGCUGCACAUCAAUGAGCUCAAACCUGAAGACAGUGGCAGCUACACAUGCCAAGCAGGAACGGCAGAGACAACUGCUACAGUGUCAGUGAAAGAGCUCCCACCAUUCUUCAAGGAAGACUUAGAAAGUGUGGAGGCUGAAGAGGGAGGUACAGCCUCUCUGUACUGUGAGCUGUCUAAGCCUGGAGAGUCAGUGCAAUGGAGGAAAAACAGGGUCCCACUAACAGCCAGCAGGAAGUAUGAGAUGAAGCAGGAUGGCUGCCUCCAUCAGCUGCACAUCAAGGAGCUCAAACCUGAAGACAGUGACAGCUACACGUGUCAAGCAGGAAGUGCAGAGACCACUGCUACUGUGAAAGCACUGCAACCGACUCCACCAAAAGUAAAGCCUCCAACGAUACUGCCUCAGGCAAAGGGCACUGUUCUCAAACCAACUCCUCCUCCAUUGGACCAGAAGCCUGCACUCCAAGAGCCCAAACCUGUUCCUCCAGAGCCAAAAAAGAGAAUGAAUAGGAAAGCAUCUAUUACAAGUUUAGAAAAAGAUGUGGAGCCAUUGUUUGACCAAAAGCAGAGCAUCCAACCUGCAAGGUCUACAGAGAAAUAUUUUGAUGUUGCAAAGAAUGAAACACAACUGGAGAGGCAUAAGGAGAAAGACAGUGAGGUGUACAAGGAUGUUGACAAGCCAAUACGACUACUGGGGAAGGAGGAUGAUGUAGACAGUCAGGUGGAAAAGACAGCAAGACCUUUGGAAACAGAAAAAGACGUUUUCAUGGAGAAGAAACAACCAGGAUGGAAUGCAAAGAAAUUAGUCAAGGUUGACCAUAAUGAAAGUCAGUCAGACAGGGUUCCAGGAGACACUGUGUUUGAACAGAAGAAAAAUGAAAAUGAAGUUGAACAGAGUUCAAAACACGCAGGAAAGCCUUCAGAGAAAACAAGUGAAGUUGAGAGGAAGGAAAGCCAUCCAGGAAAAGUCCUGUGGAAGAACAGUGAGGAUGAGAAACAGCCUGUAAAACCAUCAGAAAAGUUUAUUGGGAAUACGACAAUACGAGAAGAGAAGUCUACCGUUGAGGAGGGAAAAGUAGAAGAAGAGGAACCUUUUAAACCACCAGUAAGGUCUAAAGGAAAGGUAACAGGGGUAAAGGAACCACCAAAGGAAACUGAGGAGAUCAUUGUCCAAUCAGUAAAGCCUACUGUAAAUGAUUCUGACGGAGACAAUGUACAGAGAGAGCAUGUGAAAAUGCAUGUGUCCACAGAGGCAGAGAGAGAGAAAAAGCCACUGAAAGCAGUGCCAUCUGUAAAUCAUCUGGACAAACAGUCAGUAGAACAACCUGUGAAGACUUUAGAGAAAGAGGCUGAAUUUGCCCCUCCAAAACCACCUGUGAGGAUAAAAAGCAAAGCAAAGGGGGCAAUGGAAAAACAAUCAUCAAGGGACACAGAGACAGAUCAAGAUGAUCAACAGAUGACAAGAGUUUUGGUGAAAACAAUAGAUGAUCCGCCAAUUAAACAGUCAAUAGGGUCUUUGAAAAAAGAGGUUGAAGAAAAACCAAGAUUCCAGAGGAAACAAUCUGUAACAUCAGACACUGAGAUAAUUGAGAAAAUUAAGAAACCUGUGAAAGCUGCGGAGAAGGACGCAAACACAAAACAGGCGAUCAAACAACCAGUAAAACCCAUGAGACAAGAACCUGGACUGGAUCAGGAAAUGAAACUAGCAGUCGAGCCAAUGAGAAGGGAGGAAGAACAACAAACAGCAAAGUUGACAGAAGACAUUCCUCUCCUCUACAUUUCUGAAGAUGAAACUUUCUCAGAGGCUUUGACUGAGAUCACUGCAAACCACAGAAAUGUCCAGCCCCCUGCCUCUUCUGUUGAGGGGUUGACCCAACCCGCUACUCUUCCUCCAAUUAAUGUACAACAGAAGGUACAACUGCCAAAUGAAGCUACACCGGAGAUAGACACCAGCGUUGAGGAUGAACCACAAAUGCAAGAGGCUGCAGUCAAGAUCCAGGCUGCAUUCAAAGGCUACAAAACCCGCAAAGACAUGCGACCUGUCUUUAAAGAGGUGUUUAAAAACCAGAGUGCAGAUCUUCGUGGUACAGUCACUCUAGUGUGUAUUGCAGAGGGAAAACCUAGCUCAGCACGCUGGCUGAGAAACGGCCAACAAAUCAUUAAUGACCAGCGAUGCCGCGUUCAGACUACAGAGAACGGUGUGUGCACACUGGUGAUCAGAGAACUGACCGCCAUUGACAGUGGAAUCUAUACAUGUGAGGUGGUGAAUAAGUUUGGUAUGACCUCCUACAAUGGAAACAUAACAGUAGUACAGCCUCAAAAGCCCGCCCCGAUAGUCCAGAAGCCUGUAUACACGCCACUUGCGGCCAUAACUCCUCUGCAACUCGCCCCGUCGAUGCCUGAAUCCCAGGCCAAAACACAGACUCAGGAUCUGCCUCAGACUGAUACCCAGAUACCCACUUCAGCUACAGAUUCAGCAAACUAUGUAGAAAAUGUGAGUGUUUCUCUGUGGGAGGCCUACACCCUGACAGAGCAGGACACUCAGAUGACAAGCUUACAAGAGAGGAGAGGAUCCUCAGUCAUUGCUGCCAGCUCCAUGUCGAGUCCCUCGGAUUAUGACACAGCUCCGGAUAUGAUGGAGCCUGAUGAAACUGGCCCAGCUGUAUCAAGGGAAGAAAUAGAAGCAGCAGACCAAGUGCCUCCAAACGAUGACAAAGAACAGAUGGCUCCUCCACAACCUGCUAAAAAACUACUAAAGGUCAAAGGAGGGGCUCAUGAAGGUAGAAUGAGGACGCCAUCCCCUAAGCACCACCGCACUCACACACCCUUAACAAGUACCAUCUCUGGAUCAGAGUCAGAAGGAGACGAGGAUAGACGAGAGACAUUUGAAAUGUACGUGGCUCGUGCUGAUUGUAGUCCAAACAGUGGAAAUAAGGACAGUUUUGUUCUGAAGGAGGGCCAGUUUGUAGAGGUCCUGGACUCUGUUCAUCCUGACAGGUGGCUGGUGAGAACCAAACCCACCAAAACCAACCCUGCUAGACAGGGAUGGGUGUGUCCAGCCUACUUGGAGAAGAAGAGGAAGGAGACCUUCCCGCAACUGAGAGCACCUCAAGAGGAUCUUGAUGGAAUUGGGUCUACAGGAGAAGAGUACAGGAGAGCUCUGAGCCAACUGAUCCAAGGCCUGAUUGAUGGAGAGGAGGAGUUUGUAAAGGAGAUGAAGAUGUUCACGUCUCACCAGCUAAAUUAUUUGGAUUCCAGCCGCCACGUCCCCAUUAACAUCCUCAACCAGAAAGAGAUAAUUUUCAGGAAUGUCAAGGACAUUGUAUUUCUACAUGAGAGGUCCAUCCUUCCCGGGCUGAGAGAAUGUGCCACAGACGACGACGUGGCCAUGCAUCUGAUCAAGUACGCUGAGGGCUUUGAGAAAUACCUUCACUACAUGGUGGGACAAGCGCAAGCAGAGGCCUGCGUCACUGACAAGGCUGUCCAGCAGUACUUCAAAGAGUUACCGAAAUCUGGUAAAUCUGACGCACCGGUCAUGGAUGUCCUCAUCUUCCUUCAGCGACCAGUGGAAAGGAUACAAACCUACCAGGCUUUACUGAAGGAGCUGAUCAAGAACAAAGCCAAAAGUGGCCAGAGCAGCUGUCUUUUGGAGGAUACCUUCUCCAUGGUGUCCUGUCUACCCUGGAGGUCUGACAACCUGCACCAGGUGUCCCUCAUUGAGAACUACCCAGCUCCUCUAAUCGCCCUGGGCGAGCCUGUGCGACAGGGAGUCUUCACAGUGUGGGAGGAAUCUCCAGACAUUAAGACGGCCUCUAGAGGGCAUCAAAGGCAAGUCUUUCUCUUCAAGGAAUGCAUUGUACUGUGUAAACUGAAAAGAGACACCAGUAUGAACAGUGACACCUACACCUUCAAGAACAAAAUGAAGCUGAACGAUGUGGAAAUAAAGGAGGCUGUGGGUGGAGAUGAAAAGUCUUGGGGGUUGUGGCAUGAGCACAGGGGUUCAGUGCGGAGGUACACUCUGCAGGGCCGCUCCACCCUGGUGAAACUCUCCUGGCUCAAAGACCUGAAGGAGCUACAGCAACGUUCCAGCCUGCCCACUAACAACCCACCAGUGUUUGAGUCACUGUUGUCUGACUGCACAACAAAGAUAGGACAAACGAUCAAACUGACCUGUAAGGUCACAGGAUCGCCAAAACCAUUGGUCAGCUGGCUCAAAGACGGCCUUCCUUUAGAGGACGACCCCUGUCACAUCAUCACAGCAGACCGGUCAGGUAUCUGCAGUCUAAUCCUGGAUAGCAUGACUGCAGAGGACUCUGGACAGUAUGCUUGCUAUGCUACCAGCUCCAUGGGCAGUGCUGGUACUCUGGCUAAAGUUGUGGUGCGCGCUCCACCCAGAUUUGUGAGUCGGCUGGAGAGUGCUUGUCUGCUGGAAGGAGAGGAUAUACAGUUUACCUGCUCCACACUUACUACUCCUUUACCACGAAUCAGGUGGUUGAAAGAUGGAAGAGAGUUGACUGACCAGCAAAACUACUUCAUCCUGAAUGAUGCUCGGAGUGGAAUCUUGUGUUUGACGGUCAUCAGUGCAACAGAGGCAGAUAUUGGACAGUAUGAGUGUGAGCUUUCGAAUGAGUUUGGCUGCAUCAAGUGCAAAGCAGGGCUGUGCCCCGCUUAUGUACCAACGAUCGACAUCGAGGACGGCCAACCACAGGACUUGCCUCCUAAAGGUAGGACAGCCAGAGCCACUGAAGGUAAAUAUUCUCCACACAGGAUGGAAACCCAAGACGGGGUUGUCACGUGGCUGCUCCUCACUCUCACUAGUUUAGCUGUGUGUUCCCUUUACCUCCACGCAGGAGUGGGCAUACGCUCAUGUCCUGUUGAUGUGUUGGAUGCAGACUCAGAGGGUUGGUCAACUGCCUUUGUGAAGACAUGGCUACAGACGGAUUUCAGCCCCACCUCUAUUGCUAAGAUGCUUUUCCCUCCUGGACACCCUGAACAAGCUGAAUGUAGCACUGAAGAGGCUGUUCCUGCCUCAACAUCCAUGGAUCAGGUGGUACAGCAGCCUCUGUGUUACCUAGAGGAAGAAGAGGAGCUCUUCAUCUCUGAGCAAAUGCAGGAAAUUACAGAUGCUCCUCCCUCCAUCCAGGUAGCCACUGAGGACCUGUGUGUAGAGCCUGGCCAACCGGCCACAUUUACUGCCAUCAUUACAGGAAGACCUACUCCUAAUAUACAGUGGUACAAGGAUGGAGAGGAGCUUGCAGCCAAUGAGAAUGUAGAGGUAUCACAGCAUGGAGCCCGCUGCUCAGUGACCAUAGUGUGCCCCGAGGGUGAGGACAGUGGCAUAUACACCUGCUUCGCCUACAAUGACUCUGGCCAUGCCUCAUGCCAGGCUGAGCUGACAGUGGAGGAAGGUCCACUGGAGUGUCAGGAGCGAGAGGUGGAGCUGGGGAAGAGAAGGAAGUUAUUCUCCGUCUAUGAUGUCCAUGAGGAAAUUGGAAGGGGAACCUUCGGGGUCGUGAAGCGUGUGGUCCACAGACGAACAGGUGAGGUGUUUGCUGCCAAGUUCCUGCCUCUGCGGAGCAGCACUCGGACCAGGUCCUUCCAGGAGAGGGACUUGCUAUCCCGUCUGGCUCACCCCAGAGUGGCCUGUCUGCUGGACUUCUUUUGUACCAGACGCACUCUGGUGCUGAUCACAGAAAUCUGCUGUUCUCAUGGACUACUUGAGCAUUUAUUACUGAAAGGAUCAGUUACAGAGAAAGAGAUCCAGUCAUACAUCCAGCAAAUCCUUGAAGGAGUUGGUCACAUUCACAGCAUGAACAUGUUGCACCUGGACAUUAAACCGGAAAAUAUCCUCAUGGUGUAUCCGCCCAGAGAUGAGAUCAAGAUCUGUGACUUUGGCUUCUGCCAAGAAAUAGACACAUCCAGACACCAAUACAGCACGUUUGGUACACCAGAGUUUGUUGCGCCGGAGAUUGUUCACCAAGAACCAGUCACUGUGGCCACUGAUAUUUGGUCUGUAGGUGUUGUAGCCUAUAUAUGUUUGGUGUGCCGAUGUCCUUUCGUGGGUGAGACGGACCGUGCAACACUGCUAAGGGUGGGGGAGGGGACCCAAAACUGGGAUGCCCCCGACGUUACGAACAGGAGCCCUGAAGCCCAGAACUUUCUCCACAUGCUCCUACAGCCAGAUCCAGAGAAGCGACCAUCUGCGUUUGAGUGCUUGAGCCACGAAUGGCUCCAGGACGAAUAUGCAGGUGAAGACACGGAUGAAAUCAACACAAAGACUUUGAAAAGCUUCAUCUCAAAAAGGAAAUGGCAGCGUUCUUUGACUUGCAUUGGGUCAGUUCUCACACUGAGGCUCAUCCCUGAGCUGCUGGACGCUCCUCUCAGAGAGACUGCGGUGACAGUGCCCCGCGAGCCCCAGGAACACAGCAGCACCUCUCCGAGCAGUGGCUCCUCUUCUGAGUAUGAUGAAGCUGACUCUUUGGACUUUUUCCAGUACUGCAGCCCGACUGAGGAGGAGGAAGACACUGAGGAGGAGUAUGAUCCUUCAAUGGAGAGAGCGCAAAUCCCUGAGCAUUUUGCCAAACUCCACCUUGAAGCAGAAGAGGAAAUUACAUUAGAGGAGGAAGAGGAUGGGGAGCUGGUAGGAAGGAGGAGCGUACUAGAGCGAAGUAUGAGUAGGCAGUCAGUUGCGUCGUCAGAUGUAUCCGGUCAACAGACACCUCAGGGGGAGCGUAGGAUCAGCAGAGACAGUAGUCAAUCUCUCUACCUAUCUGAUGGGGAUGAGGGUUCAGGGAGUGACGGAGGUCGUAUCCCUCGUGGCAGUGUCAUCCGAAGCACUUUCUACAGCACCUCUCAUCAGCUUUCACCCAUGUCCGCGAGACACAUGACAUUACGGGACAAGUUCCAGGCCAAAAAGCAGGAGAGAGGCCGCAAGCCACUCCGGAGAAGCUUUUCAGGACGUCUCAACGAGCCUCUUAUUGAAUAUGUGGAGGAUGAGACGGAGACCAAUCGUGGCCAGAGACGGGGAUCUGUCCAGCCUACAAUGCAGAAGUCCUGUUCCUUUGACAGUGGUGUUGGCCUCGCCCACACCAACGUACCCCCUCACAGGAGGAGCAGGUCUCUUGAUGAGUAUUCUCGGCGAUCUCCCAGCUCACCCAAGCGCACAAUGUCAGGUGAGGAAGAAGGCUCUCAAAGUCUGAAGGAAGAUUUGACAGAUGAUGAAGUGGCAGGAAGAAACUUGUUAGCCAUCCCGAGCCCACGGCGACCCACAAGAAGAAGAGGCUCCGUCGCUCCAACACAAGGGGCCGCCAUGCGUAUUGGAUCAUCUGUUCCCUCAAACCUCCUUGCUGGAGACAGAGUUAGCCUCAGGCUGGAUCAGGAGCAGGCAGCGAGCGACACCUUCGCUGGUUCACAGGGGUCUCUGGCUGAGUCGUCUAUUUUGGAGCAUGGUGGCUCUGAGUCGUCAAGUAGACUCGGCUCUUAUGAGGAGCUGAGUCACGGUCAUCUCAGAGGGAGAUCCAGAUCAGGAGAGAGUGAAGGGUAUGAUGAUCGAGGGGAGCCUCUGAUUUCAGCAUCCCCGUGCUCAUUCCAAGAAGUUAAACCUAGGAGCUUGUUACCUCAGGCACCGCCGCGUAACCGCUCCAACCCCAAUUUAUCGAGCAGAGGUCAGCUGGGGACAUCACUUACAGCGAGCCCUAGUCCCAGCCUCUCUUCUCUGCAGGCUCCAGAGAGGCCUCCCAGGGCCAGGGACAAGAAGGAGGGAUGUGGCCUCCAAAGGCAUGCAUCCGCUCCAGCCCUCGAAGCCCGGCCACCUACAGGAAAGUCACCCAAGCUGGGACUGCUGAAGAUCUUCCGCAGGCAGUCCUGGACUGGCCAUUCAUAUUCCCAGCUGGACAGCACAGAGCUAGGACCCACGCUAGGAGAUAUCAUGCAGCCAGAUACUCCCACCAUGUCUCUGAGGAAGAAAAUGAGAGCUUCAGCCUCCAGCUUGACCAAGCUGUUUUCCAGGUCUUCCAGUAAGGAGGAUGUGAGUAAAGGAGGGCCAAUAGUAAAGGGAUCAGCUCCCGUCCCACCUGAAAGACAGCAGAGAACUGGUCUUGAGAGUCCAAAAAAGAGGACCUCCAAACUAUUGCCUUCAUUUAAAAUACCUGCUUUCAAAAAGACAAAAGAUCUGCUGGUCCGUCCCAACAAGGCUGAUGUGCUCCAGUUAGAUGGAGGUGGAGUCCUGCUAGUUUGGAAACCAGUCCAGUCCAGUGACCCUGUCACCUACUGUGUGCAGUACUGUACAGACGGUGCGGGGUGGACGGUCCUGUCGGAGGAGGUGACUGAAAGCUGCUAUGUGGUGAAGGAGUUACCCAGAGGAGCCUCUUAUGUGUUCAGGAUGGGUUGCAUCACCAAGACAGGAGCAGGACCCUUCAGCGAUGCUUCAGCACCCGUUGUUAUGGCUACUCAUCCUGAAGAAAUUCACAUUCCUCUAAUCCGGACUGAGUCACUGGGGUCAAAGGUGACUGGGUCAGAACAACACAAGAACUACAAUUUCCUCUCUGAGAUCAACAGGGGUCGUUUCAGCGUGGUCAGCCUGUGCAGGGAUGCUGAGACCAGCCAAGUGUUUGUUGCCAAGAUCACCCCUUACCAGGCAGAGCAGAGGCAGUUGGUGCUGAGGGAGUACCAGCUGCUAAAGAGGCUUCAUCACACUCACCUGGUGCAGCUGCACACUGCCUAUUUCACCUCCUUGUACGUGGUGUUAGUGGAGGAGCUCUGUCCGGGCAAGGAGCUGCUCUACAGUCUGGCAUCGAGAGAUCUGUACGCAGAGACUCACGUCGCCGAGCUGCUGGUUCAGGUCCUGAGUGCCGUUGACUACCUGCACAGCCGUCGAGUCGUCCACCUGGACCUGAAGUCUGACAACAUGCUGGUGGAUGACUGUAACCACCUGAAGAUAGUCGACUUGGGCUCUGCUCAGUCAUUCACGCCCGGUCAGCCUCUCCACAUUGAGCACAUCCAUGGCCUAUCGGAGAGCAAAGACUGCCGCAGCAAAGUUUAUAUUGUCCUUCCUAAAGCUCCGGAAAUCCUGGAAGGUCAGGGUGUUGGGCCUGAAACUGACAUCUGGGCUAUUGGAGUUCUGUCCUUCAUCAUGUUGAGCGCCGACAGCCCGUUCCAUGCAGAGCACAGCUGGGAGGAAGACCGAAACAUCAAGAAAGGGAAGAUCCAGUUUGGACUCUGUUACCCCGGUUUGUCAGAGGGAGCCUUAAACUUCAUGAAGAGCAGCCUGAACAACAAAUCCUGGGGGAGACCCACUGCACCCGAGUGUCUGCAGAACCAAUGGCUGCGUGCCCAUCGUGCCCCACACAAAGGCCGACACGCCAAAGUAUGUUUCUCCACGGACAAGCUUAAAGAUUACCUCAAGCAGAAGGAGGAGAAACGAGACCAGGUUCGCACCAAGCUUCAAGGCCCCUUCUUCCAGUGAGGCACCGCUGUGGAGGCUUCUAGAAACUAUGCAGCCUCAUAAUCAGCACAUUUCAUGUUGCCAGGCCAGAUCUCUAAAAUCAUUUUAGUAUCCUCUGAUUUUGAAAAUGUGAUGCGUCUUAAUGAGUUUUCAAAGUGUUUCAAAGUGUAUUUAUCCAUUGUAUAUGUUAGUGUGCUUUGGUUCAGUAUAUGGAAACAAAUCAGGGAGAAGGUUUAGUCUAAGAGUGCAUGGGAUUUUUGUGACACGAGAAACUGUUGUUUUGCUCUGAAGCAUCAGACAGAUGCACGUGUUUGGCCUUAAAGUAAAAACAGUUUUCUGUGCUAUUCUUCUUCAUACAGAAGCAGAUGUUUUUUUCUGAGUGAUGUAUUGUAUUUAAUUAAAAAUGUUCACGUUUUGCCUUAAAAUUAAAUGUACAAAUGGCAAGUUGAUUAGAUUUGUAGGUUUUACCUAAGUUUCAUAAUACUUAAAUAUUGGGUCAGUCACCCACCAGAAUGAGUUGAUGGAUGAAAUAUGAA